CCUAGUAUCAUCUCGGUUAGGCGGCUUAGGCCCACAAUAGUCUGUUAUUUCUAAACCCUAGAUUAAAAGCCUUGGCAGCUGGUGAACAUCCACCCGAAGAAGACGACAACUGAGCGAUUCGAUCUACUUGCGAUACCGAAAAUGGCGGAUAAGGCAGUGACAAUUAGAACAAGGAAGUUCAUGACAAAUCGGCUCCUCUCAAGGAAACAAUUUAUCAUUGACGUGCUACAUCCAGGAAGAGCCAAUGUUUCUAAGGCCGAGCUGAAGGAAAAGUUGGCACGGAUGUAUGAAGUUAAAGAUCCAAAUGCGAUCUUUGUUUUCAAAUUCAGGACCCACUUUGGUGGAGGCAAAUCUACUGGUUUUGGCUUGAUCUACGAUUCUGUAGAGAAUGCUAAGAAAUACGAGCCAAAAUACAGGCUUAUCAGGAAUGGUCUGGAUACUAAGGUUGAAAAAUCUAGGAAACAGUUAAAAGAGAGGAAGAAUAGAGCAAAAAAGAUCCGUGGUGUGAAGAAGACGAAGGCUGGAGACGCUGCCAAGGCUGGCAAGAAGAAAUGAGUUUCUUUGAUUUUGAGCUUCCUAGGUUUUCAAAUCAAAUGCGAGAAGUUCAAGGUUCUCGAUUCAUCUAUUUUCUUUACUUUAGUUUUUUCCUUACCUUUUAUCAAACAGAUGCAAUUUUUGUGGAAUGUGUUUAACUCCGAGUUUUGUUUAAUUUUGUUCAUUUUAUCCAAGAGCUGCUCAGCAAACCUGUUUGAAACAUUUUGCCAACUUGAGCGAGCUACAAAAUUUAAGGACAUCGUUGCAGUGAAUUUUAAUUUUCAGUACUUACCGUGCCUUUCUACA